AUGCUGUCAAUGACAAGCAUACGAACGGACCCCGGCAUACUUCACUCACUUGUCCGGGCGGCGUGGAUUCUGCUGGCUGCAAGCGUUUUGCGUUUCAUAUAUCGCGCGCAAAGAGGCCCGCUUGCAAGACUUCCGGGGCCAGAGAUUUCGAAAUGGACUGGUGCUGUUAUGAUUUACCACUGGCUAACCGGCCAGGGCGUGGACUACGUUGCACAUUUACACGACAAGUAUGGACCAGUUGUUCGCGUGACUCCGGACCAUGCCGACUUCGCGGAUCUCUCAGCGCUGAAAGAGAUCCAUAGAGUGGGUGGUCGCUUCGUCAAAUCGGAUUUCUAUCGUAGACUGGUCCCAUUCGGCACCAAUGUCUUCGCGCAGACCGAUCCAAGACUACAUGCCAGUCGCCGGCGGCUUCUCGCGUCGCCGAUCUCAGAUUCCAGUUUGAGAACCUUUGAAGACGUAGUCAACGCACGAGUCGUGUUUGCGCUUGACCAGGCGGCAGGGGAGAUGAGACAAAGAGGCGUGGCCGACAUGUUCAAAUGGUGGUUAUUCAUGGCGACCGAUAUCAUCGGAGAGUUGAGCUUUGGCGAGUCCUUCAAGAUGUUGGAGCAUGGCGAGAAGAACCAGUAUAGCUCAGACCUUGAGCAGCUGGCCAGUUUCCAACCGUUUCGCACCACUUUCCCCACGUUGGUCAAGUUGGCCAGUCAUUUGUCGCUGCCUUUCUUUGGCAAGAUUGCCGCCGCCGGGCGUCGGAUUGGCCAGUACUCUCAGGCCUCCAUCGACCGGUACAGGGCGCUGCUGCAGAGGACGGACGAGAAGGCUCCCCAAACCCUCUUCUCCAAGAUCUGGGCAGACAAAGAGCUGACGCCGGACGAUAUUCGAAGCGAAGCUCAAGGCUAUAUCGUCGCAGGCAGUGACACGACGGCCGUCACACUGACGUACCUGGUCUACAAUGUUUGCCAAGACGAGCGCGUACGCCAACGGUUGCUCGAAGAGCUUGCCUCGCUUCCGACCGACUUCCGGGAUGCAGAUGUAAGAAAUCUGCCUUACUUAGACCAGGUCGUGACCGAGACUCUGCGGCUCAAUGCGCCAGUGGCAGCAAGCCUUGAACGUACAGCACCACCGGAGGGUGCGAGGCUCGCAGGAUACGACAUCCCAGGUGGCGUCAUUGUGUCGACUCAGGCGUACACCUUGCACCGCUCGAAGAAGAUCUUCGAGGAUCCUCACAAAUUUAAUCCCGAUCGUUGGAGGACACCUUCUGCCGAGAUGAAAGACUCCAUGAUGCCCUUCGGAGGUGGCGCGCGCAGAAUUCAUUUGGCUAAGAUGGAGCUUCGCCUUGCGACUGCUCGAUUCUUCACGAGAUUUCCAGCCACCAGGCUGUCUCGGCAGGACGGUAUGAGCGAGAAAGACAUGGAGCAAGUGCAUUUCUUCCUCAUGGCACCACGGGGCCAUCGUCUACUGGUCGAAUUAUAA